GGCACUUGUGAGUGACAGACGCGCUCCGAGGAGCCAAGAGGGCGAAGCGCCGCCGCCGCUGCUUUCGCCGAGCGCGUCGCCACCGUCCUUGUUCUCCUCCUCCUGCCCGCUAUGAGGCGGCCUUAAGGGUGCGGGUGAAGCAGCCGUCCGCCCUUCCUUCUUCCCUCGCCUGCCACCUUCUCGCCUCAGCCCAGCGAAGCCCGGCGCGGCGGCGGGGUCUGGGCUCUGCUCACCCGGCCCCCGAUGACUGCGGCAAACUGCGGCGGCGCCAACGACGACUUCGACUUCAGGCUCAUCUUCGGGGAGGACGUGCAGCCCGGCCCGGGGCCGCCGACGCCACUACCACGCGCGCUUGGGCCUGCCGCCGCCGCCGCAGCAGAUCUUGAUCCAGAUGAUUGUGCAUCUGGGUGUAUCUUCAAUGUAGACCAUUCGUCAUCAUCUGUAAAUCAUCCUAUUUGUAUCCCAUGUCAUGGAUUUCAAUCACACCCUUCUCCUUUGUCUUCACCUACUAGACUUCACAGUCAUAAAGGUUAUGAAGGAUCAUGUGAAAUACCAGAAUCUAAAUACAGUCCACUAGGUGGUCCUAAGCCCUUUGAGUGUCCUAGUAUUCAGAUUACAUCUAUCUCUCCUAACUGUCAUCAAGGAAUAGAAGCCAGUGAAAAUGAAUUGCACACAAAUGGCCCUCAAAAUGAAUAUAUGGACAGGCCUUCGAGGGACCACUUAUACCUUCCCCUUGAGCCAUCUUACAGGGACUCGUCCCUCAGCCCAAGUCCUGCCAGCAGCAUUUCCUCUCGGAGCUGGUUCUCAGAUGCCUCCUCCUGUGAGUCAGUCUCUCACAUUUAUGACGACGUGGAUUCAGAGCUGAAUGAAGCUGCCGCUCGAUUUACCCUUGGGUCACCUUUGGCGUCUCCUGGAGGUUCUCCGAGGGGCUGUCUGUUAGAUGAACCUUGGCAGCCAUCUUAUGGCUUUGGUCAUGCCUUGUCACCCAGACAAUCUCCUUGUCAUUCUCCUAGGACUAGUAUCACAGAUGAAAAUUGGCUUAGCCCUAGGCCGACUUCAAGACCAUCAUCAAGGCCGACGUCGCCAUGUGGAAAGCGGCGACAUUCUAGUGCUGAGAUCUGUUAUGCUGGUUCACUUUCUCCUCAUCAUUCUCCAACCCCAUCCCCAGGUCACUCUCCUAGGGGGAGCAUAACAGAAGACACAUGGCUAAAUUCUUCCCUCCAUGGUCUGACAGCUGGCCUUUCACCAUUUCAAUGUUGUCCAGAGACUGACAUCCCUCUUAAAACAAGAAAGACCUCUGAGGAUCAAACUGCCAUUAUGUUGGGGAAAACAGAGUCUUGUUCUGAAGAACAGGGUAGUUUAUCACCAUCCCUUGAAUCUGCAAUAGAGGAUUGCUCUGCAUCUCCACACACACUGAAAAAAGAUUUGCCUGGUGACCAAUUUCUUUCUGUACCUUCACAUUUUACCUGGAGCAAACCAAAGCCUGGCCACACUCCUAUAUUUCGCACAUCUUCGUUGCCUCCCCUAGACUGGCCUUUGCCUGCUCAAUAUGGACAGUGUGAACUGAAAAUAGAAGUGCAACCAAAAACUCAUCACAGAGCACAUUAUGAAACAGAAGGCAGCAGAGGAGCUGUGAAAGCAUCCACGGGUGGGCAUCCUGUAGUGAAGCUCCUGGGUUACAGUGAAAAGCCGGUAAACCUACAGAUGUUCAUUGGGACAGCAGAUGACCGUUAUUUAAGACCGCAUGCCUUCUACCAGGUGCACAGAAUCACAGGGAAAACAGUGGCUACUGCUAGUCAAGAAAUAAUUAUUACCAGCACAAAGGUCUUGGAAAUUCCUCUGCUUCCGGAAAACAACAUGUCAGCCAGUAUUGAUUGUGCAGGCAUUUUGAAACUCCGUAAUUCUGAUAUAGAACUUCGCAAAGGGGAGACAGAUAUUGGAAGGAAAAAUACAAGAGUGCGGCUUGUGUUUCGUGUGCACAUCCCACAGCCCAGUGGAAAAGUCCUGUCCCUCCAAGUUGCUUCAAUACCUGUUGAGUGCUCUCAGAGAUCGGCUCAAGAACUUCCUCAGAUAGAGAAAUACAGCAUCAGCAGUUGCUCCGUAAAUGGAGGGCAUGAAAUGGUAGUUACUGGAUCUAACUUUCUUCCAGAAUCAAAAAUAGUAUUUCUUGAAAAAGGGCAGGAUGGACGGCCUCAGUGGGAGGUAGAAGGAAAAAUAAUUAGGGAAAGGAGUCAAGAGGCUACAAUUGUUGUUGAAGUUCCUCCGUACCACAACAAAGCAGUUUCGGCUGCUGUCCAGGUGCAGUUCUACGUUUGCAACGGCAAGAGGAAAAAAAGCCAGUCUCAGCGUUUUACUUACACUCCAAUUGUCCUGAAACAAGAGAACAGAGAUGAAAUGGAUUUAGCUUCGGUUUCAUCAUUGUCCGUGACCCAUUGUGCUGGUGUUAAAGGACUCCCUUCUCUUCAGACUCAGCUGUCUUCGCCAGAUUCAGGGCUCUCCCAUGAAGGUUUACUUUCUACAUCACCUAGGAGCCUUGUAUGCCCAGUUCAGCAAGCGUAUACACCCAUGGUGUCCUCCUCGGUAUCCCAGCUGUCGCACAUCCAAGGUAGAAACAUUAACCCAGGUGAAGAGCAUCCUGUUCUGUCUCCAGCUGUUGUCCACCAGUCUUUUCAGGUAACAUCAGCACCUUCUGCGAGGCCUUCCUACCAGCCUAUGCAAUCGAAUGUUAUGUUUAACGGACAGUCUGGUCUUCCGAUGAACUCUGCCUCUGCCAGCCAAGGAUUUGAUGCGAUUUCAUUUCAACAGGAUGCAGCAGCUGUACCUCAGUUGAUAAACCUUAGCUGCCAGCCUCUACCACCAAUGCCGUAUCCUUCAAAUCUGGGUUCUGUGUCAACUUCAGCUGUAGUGGGAGGCCAUCCUUCAUCACACCCUGCUCCACAAAGACAGUCGUCGCCUCAUCUUCAAUCAAUGGGGUACCACUGUCCAAAUCCUCGGCAGAGUUCUGCCCCUUCUGCAAUGACUCAGUCCCUCGGACACCCUUCCGCUCAGCUGCAGCAGGUGGCUUACCAUUCUUCAAAUCCAGGUAACACUUCCUCAACAUCCCCCAAAUCUUCUCAUUCUAUGGUUCAUUCACCGCGAUCUGGACCGUCUUCUCCACAACUACAGCCCAUGCCUUACCAGACUUCUAGCUCAGGACCCGCCUCCUCAACCCCACCUCCAGCUACUGUUAGUCACUCUGGGCAACAGUCGCCUCAGGCACACAGUCCAGGUUUAGGAGCAAUUGCUGCAGCUUCGUCCUUGAUACAUCAUAAUGUUUGUGAUGCAUCUCCAUUUUCACCAGAGGAGGCUAACGUAAAGCCUGAACCUGAGGAUAGAGAGCUGAAUUUUCAGACAAUAGGGCUGCAAGACAUCACCUUAGAUGAUGUGAAUGAGAUCAUAGGAAGAGACAUGUCGCAGAUCUCUGUGUCCCAUGGCGCGGUGGUGACCAUCCAUCCUCCACACACAUGCCCCACGUCUCUGGAGGCGGGCAUAUCGGAUGCCGUUCAGUAGCAGCUCAGCUUGUGGGGAAGCCAUCCAGACCACUCCGCACCUCCGAAGACUGCUUCAUCCCUUCCUUAGAUUUUACUGUGCUUCCGACUUUGUGGCCUUGAUGAUUUGGAGCGGCGUGGCUGUCCUUGGGAGGGAGCAGGCAGGGGGAGGGGGGGGGAUAUACUUCUGACUUGGAGACCGAGCAGUCUAAUUCUAGCUUCCUAGGAUGUUGUAAACACUGGCAAAAAUGGACACACAGAAGCAACACAAGCAACUUUAACCUUGAAAAAACCACCACCACCAAUGAGCUUCGCUUGUUUUUUGUGCAUUUAAAUAGAAUACUUUCAUAUUAAGUGCUUAAUGUAUGGAGAAAUAGUUUUUUUGCUCUCAGUAUGCACAGUACUGAAUGUGGGGGGAAAUUUUUAAAAAUACGCAUCUUCAUAUGCUGCUUUUUCGUUAGGUGAGAUAUUAGGAUUGUAAUAUAAAUUUGUAUACCUUUUGGGGGUCAUUUUGAAGAGCCUUUAAGCUUAUAUUGUUUAAAAACAGAACUUUUUAAAAAAAGAGUAAAUUACAUCUUCCAGAGGCACAAAAGUACCCUGUCAUCUUAAGCCAAUGCCUUGGAAGUCUUGUGUAUAAGAUUAUUAGCAUUUUCUUUGGAUUUAUAGGAAGCAAAGCCAAAUGUAGGUCUGUGUUCUUUAUACAUUUUAAAAAAAUGUUUGGUAGGCUGAAAAGAGACCAUUCCAUCAUGGAAAUAUUGAGGGAGAAAUGACAUUCCAAAAUAUAACUUUUUAUAACUUUAUAGAUGAUCCCCCUUGCUAGCGCAGGCCCCUGUAACUGAAACAGCUUUUACAUGUUCAGAACAAUUUAUAGAAAUACUCAUAAGCAGAGAACUAAGAUUGCGGGGGGGGGGGUAUUCAAUACCCACAUUUAGAAGUCCUCUAUACUAUUUACUCAGAACCAGUUUUAAGGAAAAAUUAUCUCCACCGAAAUGUUGUCUUGAAAUCCCUCAGGUAGGGUUUUUGACUCCCUCUCUUCUUUUUGGUGGGUGAACUUACUGUAUCUCUUACUCAGACUUGUUGCUUUAGAAUAUUUUCUUGGUUGGAUUAUGGCAGGUUAUUUUUUCAUAGGAGUUGAUGUUGUAAAGUCAGAUUAGAUGCAGCGUAUAGUGAAGUGGGUGAAACAGAUAAAUUAAUGAAACAUUUCAGAUUUUGAAAAACUCUCUGGGCCUGUCUGAUAUGGACCAUGACAGGGGUAUAUGGAACCCAAAUGUUUAAUAUCAAAAUUGCCAUUAGGGAGGUUUGAUAUCACAGUUUCUUUUGCUCUGUUUGUGGGGGUGAUAUUCUGGUAACAAUGAAAGCUGGACUCUAUUAACUUUUGGCCUGCCUAGAAUGAAAUGCUCUAAAUUGUUAAAAAUCCUCUUGAUCUUUCAUGCGGUAAAAAAAUGAACUCCCUGACUUUUUUGAUUAAUUGUAUUUCCACCCAAGUCUUAACUGCCUCUGAAUUGUUGAUUCCCCAGUCAAAGGGAUCCAUAACUAGAAUGGCCCUUUACUCUCAUACUGUUGUCAGUAUGCUUACAGUUGGUAGAGGCUGAAAUGUCUGUCCAGGGGUGGGUGGGGAGGACCGCCACGGAACCUGUGAAUAGGAAGCCACAAGUGUCUCAGUUUCUUCUUCUCCUGUGAAGUAGUUUGCAUCAGCACUUGCAUCAGCACUUGCAUUAAAGGGGCAUUGAUAAAUAGUAGCCUAACCAGGGUAUCUGCAGACCAGCGUGGCCCAUGGGCCACCAGUUGCCUGCUACUCCAUUAUACAUCAAGCACAAUACAUACAGAUUCGUCUCCCUGUACGUUUGAACAGAAAAACAAUUCUAAUAAAGCAUUGUGUUAAUUUUUAAAGACAGGAAACCAAAUACACAGUUUUGCUAGAAUCCACAUAUUUCAAGCAGAGGACAGGAGGCUGCUUUCAUAGGAAAAUGCUAUCUUGAAUAUCUUAAUCUGGUGGACAUCUCAUUUAUUGUGGCUCACACCUUUUAGUGGUGUCCCCAUUGGUAGAUCCCCUUUCUGUUACCUCCUAAGAUGCAUUAUAUUCCCAUUUGUUAGGGGGCCCUGCAUUGCAUUGCCAUGUUUUGAAAU